AUGGCUGCUGCCUUGGAGAAGCAAGCAGAAGGAGGCUGCCAGUCCGCAGGGAGGAAAAGCCAGCAUAAAACCCGCUUUGUGCCCGUCUUGGAUGGUCCUGGUUCCAUCAGUGCUUCAGGUGGAAUGCAAGCAAAAACAGAAAAGUUAAAAUCUUCUCUGAAGAAUGUGAAAAAGGAUCUAACAAAACCAGAGAAACUUAAAUAUAAGCCACUUACCGGGAAGGUGUUUUACCUUGAUAUUCCCUCAAAUGUCAUCUCUGAAAAAUUAGAGAAGGACCUUAAAGAUCUGGGAGGGAAAGUGGAAGGCUUUCUUAGCAAAGAUAUUAGCUAUCUCAUUUCUACUAAAAAGGAGGCAAAAUUUGCACCAACCCUUGGUCAGAUUUCUCCAAUUCCUAGCCCAGAAUCCGCCCCAAAUGGAGGGAACAGUUCAUCACAUCCCAACAGCCGGAGAGAUSGACAUGAUGGCAGUUCAUUUAAGACAGCAGAUGCAGUACGAAUGAGCAGAGGGAAGUCUUUAGCUGAAAAAGCAAUCAAAGAGCAGGAGUUAAUUCCCUCUGGYAGUAUAUUAUCCAAUGCUUUGAGUUGGGGAGUGAAGAUACUUCAUAUUGAUGACAUUAAAAAUUACAUUGAACAGAAGAAAAAGGAGCUCUACCUAGUCAAAAAAGUGAGCAGUUCUAAGGAUGUGGGCAAACGAUGUGCCACGCAGAAGUCAAGAAGUAAACUGAAAAACCCAUUUGUGAAGGUGGAAGAUAGAAGUCGGCACUACCGACCAUUUUACCUGCAGUUCCCCAGCUUCCCAGUUCUGAACUACUGUGUUCCAAAACCAUAUAGUCCAUUUGAAGUGGAUAAGAAGCAUCCCUUUGGUCAAAGACAAGCACAAUCUAAGCAAAGAAACAAAACAAAUAGCGAAAAGGACUGUGGAACUCCUGCUCAGCUCCCUCAGAAGGAUAAAAAAAAGAGAGGCUAUUGUGAAUGCUGUGGGAAGAAAUACGAAGAUCUGCAAACACACCUUGAGAGUGAGCAGCACCGCAGAUUCGCUCAGAGCACCCAGUAUCACGUGGUAGAUGAGAUCAUCUCCAGGCUUGCUUACGAGUUUGUUCAAUACAAAGAUGACACAAAAGUAGUUAAAAGGACAAAAUGUAGUACAGGAUUUCCUGUGAUUGGAAAAGUAGCUAAGCCAGAUGAGCUGAAAGAACGCCUGAAAAGGCAAUGCCUUUCCUUGAAAAGCAGCUCAUGGAAGGACAGCACAAUGCAGAGGCUCAAGCUGGAUCAUCGGCCUGCAGAAGUGCACCCACAUUCCGUGCCAGUGCCUCCUCCUCCCUCUGGAUCUGCCUGUCCAGUUYUUCACUGCCAUCUGUCCCAACCUUCAGAAGCAAAAGGUAAAUUCAAGAAUAAUGUUGAAAAUAGUAAAACUGAGUUUUCCUGUGCUGCCAACUUAGAGGAGGCUGUUCUAUCAUCAAGCUUCGUGCAGCUGCUGCCUCAGAAGGAUGACAAAGCAAACACCAAGAACGUGUCUCAAGCUUCUGAGUCAUUCAGUAAAGAAAUCUCUGAAACAGAGGUACCUAAAAAGAAUUUAAAGAGCUUACAGGAAGGUGUGUGUACGUUAUAUUCUCAUACCCAUGGUACAGAUUUUACUGAAAAAGACAAAAGCUUACCACAGCCCAAAAGAAAAUUAAAUAAUGCAGUUGUUCAACCAGUGAAAURCUUGAAGAAAAUGAAUGCAGAUCCUGUGUUUAUCAAAAAACAUGAUUUGURUGAUGAUCAUCAACAGAUAGAGCACAGUGUUGUUCCGGGCACGAAGGCAUCUGGUAGCGCUGUAAGCAACGAACUGAAUGGAUGGGCUGCCAGCACAGCAGCCAGUUCCCCGUCUGGGAAGCUGCACAGGAAAGUAAAGCUUUGCUUAGGCAAACAUAAAAGAGAAAAAUGGAAACAGAACCUAGAGUUGUGUGCUAAGAACCCUGAUGGACUCUCUGUUUCUGAAGAGAAGAGAAGCGCUCGCAGCUCCCCGGUGCAGGCUCUGCUGGAGUUAUUUSAAACGAGUGAGGUCAACUCAGAUUUUGGAGGGUUUUCCAGUCACCCUGAGAACAGAGAUUUGACAAGCAUGAGAGAUAUCUGGGAAGGGCAGAGCACCAAUGUUGUGUGGUCACUAUUUUCCUCUUCAUCCUCAUCCCCAUUUAUUGGAUUUUAAUGCWGCUUUAUUUAACACAAUGACUUUCAAAUAAAUUUGCAGAUUGAAGAUUUUAUUCAGGGAAACUUUAAUUCCUGUGUUUUAUGUACAGAUAGUUUUGGUUUUUUAUCUUUAUACAUUUGCGAAUACGUGUGUACAAUAUGAAAAAUAAAAUGAUAAAGAAUUUUUUUUCUUUAAAAGUAUUACUUCAUCAGAGGAAGAAAGACUCUUACUUCAGGUAGGAGAUUAAAUUAGAUCCUAGACAAGAUCAGUAAGUGAUAAGCAGCUGCUUUCUAGUGUAAUAGUUUUCUAAAGUCAUUGAAUGUGCACAUUUUUCUACCACAUCAUAAAUGAAUGGACCUGCUUUGGUGAAUAACGUAGUACGUUUCUAAUGGGCCACUCACUGGGGACUUGUGGAGGUUUGGUUGCUUCCAUUUCUCUUCCUCUGCUGCUGUCGCGCUAGAGGACGCAAACCAGAACGCACUGCUUCCCUAGUACUUCAUCUGGUGAUGCCGUCUCAGGGAUUCUAGGUUAUUAUAAAGAACUAGGAUUAGGAAAGCCUGCUCCGUGUGUGUGUAUGUAUAUGUGUGUACUUGCUGUUCAAAAGAAGGCAAGAACGAAAACACAGCAGGUUUCUGAUUAGAUUCGAGUUCUUGAUUUCAUUUUUAUUUCCGAAUAGCCAUCCUUCCUGCCUAGCUUACGUGGUGGCAGAGUGAGAGUACGUGUGUGAGAACUGGGAAGGCUCUUUCAAUUCUCUGAGUCUUUCCUAGAGUUUAUCCCCGCUGGGCUUUCUGUAUCUGCCCAUCAGUGCAGGGCGUGAAUACUGAGGUGCAGUUACCUGCAAAGCUUGAUUAGUAACGCGAGUCCCUUAGCACUGCGUGUGGAGUCUAAACCCACAGAAAUUACUCUUGUUGCAUUUUGCAUAAAUUGUCGAUAUUUUUAUUCCUAUCCCCRUUAGUCACAAAUGUCCUGUCACUGUUCUUACGUACUGCUGUCUGUCUUCAGGUAGAGCKUAGGUGAAGCUUCUUGGAGUGCAGAGGAGUGACCAGGGUGAUGCAGUUGCUUUCUUCAAACAGCRUAUGAACUGGCAGCUUAAUGAUGUGCCUGUGUGCAAGUUGUGAGGGCACUGACAUCACCCGAAAGCUGGUGGUCCUCGUUGCCCUGUUAAUGUAAUUGCCUGUAGGGUUUGGUAGGAACUAGUUUCAUCACUCGAGCUUACCGGUCAGGUCUGGCUUUGUUCGUAGUUGCUUCUCAUCUGUGAUUCACAAGAAAAUUAAAAUGCUGAGCAAAGUCAAUACUUGAAAAAUGAUUCAUCUUCAGUAUGUGUGUGUGUGUCUCUGUAUGUAUUUUGCCUAUACUAUAGAAUACUGCCUAGUAUUCUAGGAGUGACUUUGUAAAGUAGAACACUGAAACAAUGAAAAUAAUGACUUUGUUCUUCAGUUCCAAUUUUCUUUUCUCUCCACAGGAUCGGUAAAAUAUGGGUCUUUCCCUAACAAACACUGUAGCACUCUGAUCAUAAACUCCCCUGCCCCACUUGCUAGUCUAAUUUGAGGGCCUCCACCUGACUGAAAGAUAUAUUCACAGUUAUAUAAAUGAUUAUAUUCGUAUGAAAUGCUCAGGUGAAAACUARUCACUGUUAGUAAAUCUACU